AGGAUACCUGUAUCGCGUUACAAGCUCUUUCGGAAGUUGCCCAGAAAUUCUACACAAAGGAUUCCCAGACAAACCUUACUGUUUCUGCGAAUUUAAAGAAUAUUUUCACUCAAGAUUUCACGGUCACUGGAAAAAACAAAUUGGUAUUGCAACGAGCAGAAAUUCCAAAUGACCUUCUGCCAAAUGCCCUAGCAAUCAGUGCUUCUGGAAAUGGAUGCGCUUUAUUGCAGGUGAGAAAAAUCAGUCUAAGCUCAUUUUUUAACUCUACAUCCAUCGGCUCUGGAUGUUCUCCUGGAUGUAUAAAGUAUAGGUUAUCGAUUAAUAUUUUUCAACCGAAAUGUUAGCGCACUUCUCAUGUUUGACUACAAUUGCAUGUAAUUUAAUUCGCCUAUAUAAUCAGAUAAGGCUGCGUAUCCCAGUGGUUCAACCAAGUUUGCGGAAGUGAAAAGACAGUGGAAUAAAAAAACAUGUGUACUGCAAACAGAACAGUGCAGGGGAAAGUAUAAUUAAGCAUGGGGGGACAAAUUGAGACAAAGGUGUACUGGACAGGCACUAUAUGGUUUCCUGAUUUCAUUAAUAUAUUCAAGUUAUUUAUUUGGAGAACUGUACUGAGUGGUGUUGCUUAUAAGAAAUGUGAAUCGAUGUAGUAUGUUUAUUAAACAAACUCCCAAGGAAGCUGAAAAUUUUUACCCAGGAACUGUAUAUAUACACUAUGAUAACAUAUACUUUCGGUUAUGCGUCAUUAAUUUGUUUAUAUCAGUACGUGUAUCUUGUCGAUGUUUUUUAAUAUACUAUAUGUUUAAUAUUUGGCUAAUUAAUAUUUGGCUAAAAAUUCAACAAUUCCUUUCAGUAGAAAUUCGUUAUUUUCUCUAUCAUUCAUGUUAAUUGCUAACUUUGAUAUUUUUUUUUGAACAAAAUAUACGAAGGAAAUCAUAUUUCAAGUUAAAUUUUUGACUAUAUUUCCGAUCAUUUCUAAUUACGUGUUAAAUUUCUUCCUGGAAUGACGAAACAUUACCCGAAAAAAUAAUAUUAGUGCACAAUCAUAAUGAAUUAAUUUGACCUAGCUUGUAUUUUAUUCCUCCAGACUAAUGUCAAGUACAACAUUCCUGCCUCUGACGAGGUUCCAGCUUUUAAAGUCGCCGUUUCUGUACAUCGUCGUGAAGCAACUGAUGAAGAAGAAAUGGCGGCAUGCUAUCCCUUGCAGUUGAAGAUUGAAGCAAGGUUUGUACCAUCUAAUUUAAAAUAAUUAUUCUUUGUGCAGCUUUAAUUGUAGAUAUAAUAUGGAUAGAGAGGAUAUAGUGCUGCUUGCUCGGUAAUAGGCCUACAACGAGUUCUCUUCAGUUCCCAGAGCAUUAUGUCUUCGUAGACUAUUCAUUCAUACAAUGAUAAUUUUUUUAUUUUAAGCAUUUACGAUAAGUUUAGUUAAAUUCGCGUUCCGAAAACUGUACCCUGAAGUGGCACCUGAGAAAUUGCACCUGAUGUAUAGAUCAAUCUAUGUCAACUGAGCAUACGCGGAAUGUAUAUGUUGAUGUUCGCUUGUUUUGAAUCUUAAAAAAGCAAAAUCACCGAACUAUUUCAGGAUAUGAGGUUUUUUAUUAAUCGAUUACAAGUCAUUGCAACGAAAAACUGGAAUCUAUACACUAGAAGUGCGACAUUCAAAUUGAUGUAUCUUUCUUCAAUUUCCGCUCGAUUUUCUUACAAAUAGGAAGUGAAUAUUUUUAAUAAUCCGCUCAUGCGAACGAGAACGUGUUGUAAAAUAGAGAUCUAGUUUAGUUCAAAAUUACUGUAUACUGAAUACCAGAUAAUUAGUGUAUUCAAUUCUGAUUAUCUAUAUGGUUUAAGUUACCUGUUGUAGGUAAACAGGUACACUCACCCUAGAUUUCUGGUUUCAUUCCUUUAUAUGAUCGAUGACUAUUUCUCACACCUUAUUUUAGGUGGCUUAAAGAAAAUGUUUCCAACAUGGCAAUAGUGGAUGUCAAGCUUGUCUCGGGAUUUUCAGUGAACGAAAAAGCUCUUCAACAAGUAAGUUUAGAAAUUACUGUAAUCAAGCAUGGCCGUGCAUUUCAAAAUUAUCCCUUGUUUUCGAUGAUGUAUUUUAAUUUAUCGUACAGCCGAUAUGAUAUGUGUCAUUAUAUAGUUAUUUAUAUACAGCGAUAUAUGAAUAGCUAUAUGUGUCAUGAUAUAUGCAGAAAUAUGAUUAUGUGUUUCUUGGGUAGCUUAUUUCACAUUCAAGUCCUUCCACUGACUGUAUAGGGUGUCUUCCUUCAUUUAUCGCUUCUUCCAGAUAAGCAUCUGCUCAUAAGGUAAUCAUUUUCUAGAAAUUGAAACAACCAAAAAAUGUUAUUGAAUUCUUGGCCAGCAUUGAAGGAGAGAAUGAAGCCAUUUUAAAACGUUAUGAAAUUGAAGGGCAGAAUGUUAUUCUUUAUUUUGAUGAGGUAAGUAAAUAUAUACCAUUACUUAGUCUCAAACAUAUUUCCCAAUAGAGGAUUUUUCUAACCUAAAGGUUAAAACGAUAAAAAAGUCUAUUUACAAUUCUAGAAAAAAAUGUUGUCUAUCUGUAUCGCUUAUUCAAUGUGGGGAAAUAUUUUUGUCAGUAUAUCUUACAGGCUGUAUUUAACAUACGCGUAAUAGUGAAAGACGCGUGGACGACAUAUACCCAAGAAAGACUUUUAAUUUACCUUUGCAGAUAAAAACGAUGAGUUUCUCCCUGGAUAUUAUUCAAAGUACAUUGGUGAAAAAAACGAAGCCAGGUGUUGUCAAAGUUUACGAUUAUUAUGACCCAGGUAAGGACUGAUUUUAUGCUUUUACUAUUUAUUAUACCAACUGUUAAUCUUACAUAAAGCGACAAGCUAUUGAAUUCCAUCGAAGAAACCUGAUUUCAAUUAAACCUAAUGCUUUAUUCUAAUCGUAUAGCCGAUUACUAAUCCCAAUUACUAUCCUCUUAACCUUUACUUUUCACUCUAACUCCUGGGAUGUCAUUUUGGAAUUAUAGUGAGAAUGAUGCACCAAAUGUAUAGAGCUUUUAGUGUUUUAGCAACUGUUAGAUACGGCUACAAUGGCCUUCCAUAUAUAUCGUCCAAAUUUUUGUGUUUAAGAAGCACUUAGCUUGUCAUUAGAAAAUUUAGUGUCCUAUUUUUCUAAAAAUAAGAAACUUAAAUGACGAUUUCUCACGCUACAUCAAGUUAUGGAAUAUAAAGUUGUGUUGGAGCUAAAUGAGUUGGGCCAAAAUCCGACAUUUUGAUGCAUCAUUCAUUGUUGCAUUGUUUUCUUGUGAUUUGUGGUAAAACGUGAUGUUAAUUAAAGAUAUUACAAAUUCACAUUUCAUCUCUUGAUUAUCUUAUGUACAUAUCAUGUACAGUACUGCUCAGAAGUAACCUAAUGCUGCGAACGCGUUCGGAACGCGUUCCAAACGCGUGAUAUUUCUCUUUGAAACUCGUGAUAUUUCUCUUUCUUCGGAAAAUUCCGGGUACUAUAAAUGACAAAACAAUCAACCAAGAUAGCUCCGUCCCUGUCAGACAAGUUUAGUUAGGCAACAUAUGAUUUGCCACGACGAGAUAAAAUGCACGACUAAGUAUCAUCUAUAAAAAGGCAUGAAUAUUGUGUGGCGGAAUAGUUUUUUUCGGAGAAAAAGACUUGAUCAGCUGGACUAAAAUAUAUGCUAUAAUAUAUGCGUUGGAAUAAAACGCUUCUGCAUGUCAUUUUCGAUAUUUUACACUUGAACAAUAUUUACAAAGUGUGUCGCAAAUCUUGGCAGUAUCAAUGUAGUUUAAUUAACAACAAAUACGAUAAGACCAAACUUACCUCGCAAAUGAUGACUAGAAGGUAACCAGUAAGCGAUAUCAUCCUUAUUAAUUAACAAAUUUUGAUCCAGUGUGAAAAAUACGGUUUAUUGUUUUGAACAUAUUAUCGCGUCAGGAAUGCUUGUAUAUUCGUAUUAUAAUAAAUCUCAGCUGGUAUAUAUUUAAGUUAUAAAUCUGGACAAGGUUUACAAGAAAGGUUGCCUCCCAAUUCCAAUAUAAAAAUCAAAAUCGUGACUCCGAUGGUUGCCAGAGACUUUGUUGUGUUAACCUUCACACAUGCAAACAAAGUCAUGCUAGUAAUUUAUGCACACCGAGUGUUUGAUUACGUUAUACUAAUUACCUAAAAAACAUAUAUUCAUAUGUUAAUUUUUAGAAUAGAUACACUUCCUACAAUAAUCAUAUGUAUGCAAUCUUUCUUGUAAAUCUUGCUCUAGAUUUAGCACUUGUAUAUACGCGAGAUUUAUUAUAAUACGAAUACAAGAAUUUCUGACGCGUUAGUAAGAUCAAAACAUUAAACCAUAUUUUUCACACUGGAUCAGCAAAUGUUUAAUUAAUAUGAAUGCUAUCGCUGGCUGGUUUAUUCUUCUAAUCAACAUUUGCGAUGUAAGUUUGGUCUUAUCAUAUUUGUUAUUAAAACUAUUGACACUGCCAAGAUUUGCGACACACUUUAUAAAUAUUGUACAUGUUCAAGUGUAAAAUAUCGAAAAUGACAGAAGCGUUGCAUGAAUUGAUUGAUUUAUAGUCUAGUUGAAUCGCAUUAAUUGCUCGCCUAGAAUUUCGCCCGAAGUAACUCUUCCGGCACACAAUAUUCAUGCGUUUUUACAGACGAUAUUAAUUAAGAAGAUAUUUUAGUCGUGAAUUUUAUCUCGCCGAGGCGAAUCAUGUCUAACUAUAUUUUUCUGACAGAGACGGUGCCAUCUGUGCAAUUUUGAAUAUCGAAAUUAUAGCAACGCUAUUUACAAGGCGCAGUUAUUUCAUACAAGGAAAGCUUUCCCAUUGUAAAAUGUGUUUGUUUCUCUUCGCAAGGAAUUUUUCUAUGGAGUAUGGUAUAUGGAACGCUAUGAAUCAGAAAUUCGCAUAAUUUCCGAGUAUUAUCGAACUGAUUACGGUUCGCUUGUUCUGAAUCAGGAAACCUUUCUAGAACGAGUUCGGAAUGUCUCGCGGAACGCGUCCGGAAAGCGUUAUGGAACGCGUCUGGAUCUCGUCCUAGAACGCGUUCGGAACGCGUUUUUCAUUAGGUUACUUAUGUACUCUUUCUUGUAACAUAUUCCGUGCUAUUUGUAGCAUGUCGUGUUGAUUUUUCAUUUCUUUUUUGGUCUCAUAUUACUAUAGAAAGUCAAGCCAAGGUCACGUACAAGAUCACGGAGAAAGACUGUUAUGGGGAAAGAAGUAAGUUUGCUGCCAUUUAUCUUUUUUAGUUUAUCGAACCACAAGAUAAAUCUAGAUAAAUUAUUUCAAUAACCAGAAAAAUAUUCAUGCUUACCGCAUUAUAUUAAAAUGCUUGGCGUGACAACUGAAUAUCAGUAGAAUUUAUAUGCCCACCCCUGCAACCAAUCAGUUUGCAGGAAAUCUAAAAAUAUCACUCGGCAUGCACGAUUGAAAAAAUAGAACUACUGAAUUUUUUUAGUCCAAUUGUAAAAAUAUGUUCAUGGUGAAAGAUCGAUUUCCACUCUGCCAUGCGAUGUCACACCAAAAUACAGAAAAUAGAAUACACUGAAAAUCAGUGUAUAGAGUUCAAGGUUAUUCUAUCGUAAAAAUCAUCCUAAAAUAUUAUAUUUUUAUACGCGCCAUUUUGCUUACAUGAAUUAUGUAUUGGAAUUUAAUUUCAUCUGUCGCUGUGUUGAAAUCGUAUGGUUGAAUGAACUACAAUCACGAUCACAAUAUAAUUUUGAAAGAUUGAAUUGAUAUUUAAGUACACACGCGCUAUUGUGCGAUAGGUCGUAAUAGUAGGCGUCACAUUACGCGGGGGAAAAUGGGAAUUUUAAUACCAUAUCACGAGAUUACAAUCCAGGAAUUACAUGUCCGGAAUUUUAUGAGGUGUUAUAUUAUGAAUAUUGAACAACAGAUUCUCAUUCUGUAGUCAUACAUAACAUAAUUAUGGGAAGAAAUACCAAAAUGAAAAAUUCACAUGAACUAAUGAGAAAGCCGUGCAUCUUGUAACAAGUUUUAUGCCGUUAGUUCUAGUUAUUCCGGUGCUUAUAUGUAACAUGUCUCUUUCUCUCUAGUCGAAAACGAAUGUCCAAAGUGUUUAUCAGUCGAUGAUGUUGAAGAUCUCUUUGACAAAAAUAUCAACUGUACUAGUUACCGUGAGUAUAUUUACUGUUAUAGCCACAUGGUUAUACUUUCUUACGUUAUUUUACAUCAUUUUAGUUAUCUCCCUUGACUUUACAUAAUCCUCUGACACGAAAUUGUGUAAUGCAUACAGCAUCAACAGCAUUUUAUGUGAGACAAAAUCUGCCUAGGAAAGAUGUAUUUUACUGCGGCAGCUUGACCCCAGCAGCAAUCGGUUGAGCUCCCCCUACCCGAGAAAAACCAAAUCGUGACAACCACAGCAAAAUCUAAGAUAGACAAAAGAAGAAGUCAUAUAUAUUUCCUAUUACAGUAACACGAGUUAAAUCUAUUGGUGGUCUUAUGAAAGUGAAGAAAGCUUAUAUUAAAGCUAACUAUUCUCAAGAAUAUGCAACGAUUCCCUAUGCAAUACCAGAAUUCUGUCUCUGUGACGAAAUCAACAACGGUGUGACGUCAUUGGUGUUUGGACAAAGUGAUUAUUUCCGAAAGAAUGGCGAGGAAAUCUCUCUCGUGUUCGAUUCGGGUACAACAAUUACAAAAUGGAAUGGUGAGAAAAUGCGAAACAUGUUCAGAGAGAAGAUGGUGCAGGAAAUUUAUCAGAAAUGCUGGCUUUUUUUCGAAGGGUAAUUGGAUGUUCAACGUUGACUUGAAACAACAACUAUUCCUUGACUUUUGAUUAAAACACUUUUGAUUAAACUUCUCGUUUAUGUAUUUGUAUUUGAAAUGAAAAUAAAUAAACUCAGAUUUAAUUAAAUAUUUCCCACUUUCGUGUGUUGAACAAUGGAAUUAAGAAAUUGUUCCGAAAAUGUUUAGAACCGAGAUAUAACAAUAUGCAUAUCAAAUUAUACAUUAAGAUGUACUAGUCUGGUGGACAUUAAAUCUAGACUAUACUAAUAUACAGCUAGACUGCUUAGCAGUCGCUAAGGUUUUUAGCAUUUUCCAAUAAAUUACGGGUUACCUCAAAACCUUCA